UUGGCGAAUAAUUGGAAGUUUGGAAGUUAGGAGGAGAGAAUCUGUAUUCUGUGGAGUUCCAGUGGGAUAGUUCAACCCAAUACUGGGACCAAUUAUGGAUUUCAAAACGCUGUUAGUCCUCGCUUGUGUAGCGGCUGGAUCUCUAGCUGGACCAGUGAGGGAAACGCAAUGUGCGGAACAAUGCAAUAGUCGAGAAGAUGAAGGGAUGUUCAGAUCCUUCAAGAGCUACUACUUUUCAUAUGCCGUGGACAUUGACAGCAGAAUCAAUGGCUCCGACAUUACCCAGUCUUCAACCGUCCGUAUCGAAGCUACAGCCGUCAUUGAAGGCCUCUCAGCCUGUGACAAGAUGCUCAUACUCAGUGAUAUCAGCAUCCUUGAAAGGCAGUCCGAUGGCGUCAUGGUACCCGCGGAGACGGAAUCAACCUUCGCCCUCAGUCUCAAUGCCCAUCCUCUGCGCUUCUCAAUGGAGAGCAACGGCACCAUCACCUCUGUCUGCCCUGAGGCCGGGGAAGAGAUCUGGGCCCUCAAUGUGAAGAGAGGAUUCCUGUCUCACAUGCAGACCAAGAGAACUACCUCAAACGAUGUUCUAUCCGUGGCUGGUGUCUUUGAGACUAGUGUCACUGGAACUUGCAUGCCUGUGUACAGUCCAACAGGAGAGAUGUCAUUCAUUAAGAGUAACGAUUAUCUGAUGUGCAAGCACAGGACGAACCUUAACAUGUUUGUGGAUGCCGUGCCCGUCCAUCUUCUUGCUCCUACUGCAAGCCCCCUGACAAGCAGGAUGGAAUGCGAGUACACGAUGGACAGUCAGAGUAUCAGUACCAUAGAAUGCCAGGAGACUCACACACUCAAGCCAUUCGCUGAGUCAGAGUCCCAUCCAGAAGUCAGUGUACGCACAUCAAUUGCCAAGAUUGACGUCAGGCCGACGAUCUCAUCAUCACUUGGUAGCGAGUUUGCUCGUAGGACCAGUCUUCUCUAUGAGAAUCCAAGCCCAGUCUCUGAGGUAAGCAGUAGGGAUGUCCGAAAGACUAUCACCCAGAUUUGCGAUUCCAUCACCAACGGCAUCAGCCAUGAGACUCCUGGACUCUUUGAAACCCUGACCAAGCAGUUCGGAGAACUGGACAUGGACAACAUGUACACUGUGAUCAACAGACUCUUCAGAAUCUGCCCUGAGACGGAUGAAGUCAUUAACAUGGUGAAGGACGCUUUGACUGAUUGCGACACCGAGCAGUGCGCUCAGGGAUUCCACUCAAUCAUCAAUUCCGAGAACUCGGCUGAAAACGAAUUCUACCUCAGGAAGUGGUUCAUGAAGCUCGUCUUUCACAAGAACCCUACCAAAAACAUGAUCAACAUUGUCAAGCGCUAUGUCCAUGGAACCGAGGAGGUAAAUCUCCCGGCUUACUACGCCCUCUCAUCGAUGAUCCACCAAUAUUGUCGCAUCUCGGACGACGACUGCUCCAGGGACCCUGAUAUCCAGCAGGCUGCCAUGGUCUUUGAAGAUAAUCUCCAUGAAUCCUGUCUGCCAGAGAACGAAGAAGAUGAAAAUAGGAUACUGAUGUCUGUCAGGGCCAUUGGUAACAUGGGUCUUAUCCAAACCAAGAGCCUCCUCAACCGAUGCAACAGGGACCAGAACUCUAACCAACUACGUGUUGCUUCUAUCCAAGCUUACAGAAGAGCGUCUUGUGCUGAUGUCCCUGUCGAUCGUUUCAUGCGUGUCUUCAGCACCGUCGAUAACGACAGCGAGUUGAGGAUUGCUGCCUACCGGGCCAUCAUCAGGUGUCCUUCAGAGGAGCUCCUUCAGGGCAUUGCUAAUGCCAUGGCCGUGGAACCCACCAACCAAGUGACCUGCUAUGUAUCCAGCCAUCUUGCCAACCUGAGGAACUCCCAGGACCCCAUGGUGCAUGACCUCCAGUCUGCCCUCAGCCAGAGCCCCCUUGCCAAUGUGACAAAGUGUGGCAUGGACUACAGGAAGUUCUCCCACAACUACGGCCUUUCAUACUUUGACGAUGAGAGUGGCAAUGGCAUCCAUUUUGAUGGUGAUGUUGUCUUCUCCUCCGAGUCUUACCUCCCAAGGAGUGGCAGGUUGGCCAUGAACGUGGACGUCUUCGGAUACGGACUUGAUCUCUUUGAGUUGGAUGCCAGGACGGAGGGAUGGCAAGAAGCCCUGGAGUCCCUUAUGGCACACAGCGAUGAGGACCGUGAUGCCGACAUGAUUGGAUCGGUUCAGAGGAUGUUCAAGAAACGCGCCAGGCGACAGAGGAGGGAAGGCAUCAAGAAUUCUGCUCUGAAUAAGAUCAGGAACCAGUAUGAAUCAAACCAUGACUUGGAGCAUGAGGAGAUCGAGCAAGCUUCGUUGGCAAUGAAGGUCUUUGGUAAUGACGUCUUCUACAAGGACCGUGAUGACUUUGAGCGUAUGGCUGAGAAGUUCAGCAGGGAAAACAUCAUGCAGAUCAUCGCAUCCCUGACCACGCACAGGACCCAUGAAUACAGUCUGAACAAGAACUUCAAGGCAUCCAAGGUGUCCAUCCCGACAAUGGCUGGUAUGCCUCUAGAGGUCAACAUCCAAGGAGCAUUCAACAGCAUCCUGAAGGCAUCAGGGAAGCUGGACGUCCUGGGCAUGGUGGCCAGUCCAAGGACACUGGCUAUCAAGGGAGUUUUUGAGCCAAGUGCGGCCAUUGAGGUGAGCAGUAACAUGAUGGUGGAUGCCCAUUGCGCCCGUAGCGGUCUGUCUCACAAGGUCAACAUGGCCACAUCCCUCAGCUUCGGAGGCAGCCUGUCCUUCGAGGAUGGUAUGCUCAAGGUCAAGGUCGACGCUCCACCAAGACGAGAGACCGUCAUCAAGGCAUCAUCCUCCCUGUCCUUCAUGCAGGGUAAUGAUCAACUGGUUGCCGUAUCUGAGCCAGAAAUCUCCAUGGAUGAACCUUUUGCCAAUCCAAGAUACUCUCUUCAUAUAACUGGAACCAGACCAGCUGCACCCUUCUCUCUGCCCGGUGCAUUAUUUCACACCUGGGGAAUAGAGAUCACGUUAGACAAGCUUGAGGAUAGCCUUGUUUCCUACGAUCUUGAGGUUGGAUUCAGGACAAAGCAGAGUGUCAGGAACGGUGAGAUUGUGAAAGUUGACGAGGUCCGUCUUUCAGUUGGUGCUGAAGGCAGUGAGAGCAUUGGGGUGUACAGCAUGGAUCUGUUCUAUCACCGUGCCAAUUCAACACUUCUUAUCGAUGCAAAAACUCCAUUCCAUGGCAGCACAUAUUUCAAAGUCUUCUCUCCAGGAUCACUCCAAAAUGAACAGACCAACAAGAGACUUCACCUGCAAGCAACUUCAGAUGCUACCGGAACUGUUCAGACCUACGUCUUGGAUGCUGGUAUGGACACCAUCCCUCUGUCCAACAGUAUCAAGUUCAUCCCAGUCUUCUCCUUGACGAUCCCAGAGCUUGUGAGCUACAACCUAGAGGGAUACAUCAGCAGCACCAACCAGGAUAAGGUGGUGGAUCUCAGCCUGGUCGAUGGAUCAGAACAAAGGCUUAUUUCCCUGAGAGGUGACUUCAUCAAGAAUGGCACCAUGCUCCUCCUGUCCGUGUCCGGUAACGUUGGUGCCUUCUCCGGCUCCCUCCAGGGGGGCUACAAGUCGGAAACCACACCCUCAUCUCGCAUGAUCACUCCCAUCUUCAGCCUUACCAGUGCUUUCCCUGUUGUCUCUUUGAGACUUGGUGGAGGCCCUCUUGUCCUCUCGGACAAUGGUGUGACCAUGGGUGAACUCUACCUCACCUCAGCCAACUCAAGACUGAUUGAGAUAUCCAGUGACUUCAUCAAGAAUGACACCAUGCGCCUCCUGUCCGUGUCCGGUAACGUUGGUGCCUUCUCCGGCUCCCUCCAGGGGGGCUACAAGUCGGAAACCACACCCUCAUCUCGCAUGAUCACUCCCAUCUUCAGCCUUACCAGUGCUUUCCCUGUUGUCUCUUUGAGACUUGGUGGAGGCCCUCUUGUCCUCUCGGACAAUAGUGUGACCAUGGGUGAACUGUACCUCACCUCAGCCAACUCAAGACUGAUUGAGAUAUCCAACCUACACCUCGAGAAAAGUGAGAGGAGGUUUGGUGUCCAGGGUAUGAUCAAAGAAAUCAUUCCUUUUGGCAUUGAGUUUGAGAUGACCAACGACGAGCAGAGACAGUACUCCGUGGAUCUGACCGUCAACUUCAUGGGCUCAUACAACAUUCAGGGUACACUCUUCAACAAGUCAGCGGACUCUAUCUGCAGGAUUGAGGUUGUGACGUCAGUCAACGGCAAUGAGUACUACAAUGUAACAAGUGAAUUCAAGAACCAAGUUAACAUUCAUGAGUACUUGGACACCAUCAUCAAGUUCAGAGGCAAUCAGAUCUUCAGGACCAAGAACGGUCUUCAGGUCCAGCCCAUGAAUUCCGGGAACAGGUUCACCCCGAUCUUCCUCUUGGAAACAAACGAGCUUAAAAGUCUCUCUCUGGGAGGAUCAGUCAAUGUAUUAGUAGGAAGUGGAAUCUUGAUCAACAACCUGAGGCUGGUUGGUACUGAGGAUAUUGUAACUCUCAGUGGCUCUGCUUCCCUGGACCGUGAAAUAAGGACCAUCGACUGGACAUUUAAUGUUGGCAAUGCUUACGUCACCGAGGGUGUAUCAGGGUCUGCCUCCCACCGUGAUAACACUCUGACCUUCCAGAUAUCUUUGACAUCAGAUGGAUCAAGCCAACCUGACUACAGCCUCAACAUUGAACUUCAGAACUCGACCGCAGAGGGUGAGAUCUUUGCAUGGGACGGCAAGAUCGAGCUGGACAUGCCCCACCAUCCUGAGCUGAGCUUCCGUAUGGACACCGAAUACGCCUUAUCUGAUGGCCGAUCCAGCGGAAAUGUCUUCAGGCUCUGCUACGAUGGAAUUGACUGUACAUCUACUGAUAAGAGGAUCACUUUGAGCCAUGACCUGACCUUCAAUCAUGUAAGGAACGUUUCAUACAGUCAUGACAUGGAAGUGUCCUACACUCAUCCUGCUGUUGGUGUUGACUUGUCGAUGGAAUGGACCACCGGAUGUGUCGUUGGUGCCUCCUCCGGCAUGGAGCUGACCCUGAGGGACCAUGAAGAGGAUCUAUUCACCACCACCAUAAGGUACACCGCAGAAGGACCAUCCACCAACGGCUCCGUAGCGAUCCUCCUCACGGCUCCAGGUUACUUUGAUUACGAGUCCACAGACAUUUUCCAUUUCAGCAACCCCAUGGACAUCCUUUGGUUAUCGAAGUACAGAUCUGGCGAGCAGGUUAUGAGCUUCCUCGUGCGCUUCAUUAUGACUGCUGAAUCUGAAACGGACUUCGGGACGAACACUGUUUUGGAAUAUACAGACAUCAGGAACAAUGCCUAUACUCUUGAAUAUAUUUUUGACAAACAUAACGACAAUAAGUUGGACUCGAUGGUUAUCAAGAAGAAUUCUGAGUUGAAACUGGAGAAGUUUGAGGAAGACACGGUGGAGAUAUCAGAAACCCGAAUCUUCACUCGUUACAUCCGUGCUUUAAGGACCACGUUCCAACCUGUCCAGGACAUACGCUACUACCAAGCGGUGACUAUCGAUCGUCAAACUGGCAAUGCCAAUGCAGACCUGCAGCUUCGGUUCCUCCCUGGCCAGAAACCGAUCUCCCUCAUUGCCGAUUUUACAAACAGAAGCACGGAAGCAAAGGAGGACGGCCAGAUCAUCGCCACUCUUACUCUCCCGAAGACUGCCAUCACUGUUCUCACUGAAGGAAAGCUCGAGAAGGGUGUCCCGUCCGGCAAUAUGAGCAUUAAAAUACAACCUCUCAUGAGAUCAGCUGAAACCUAUGCUGUUGAGUUGGCCAUGAAGAACAGGAGCUCCUCAUCAAGCCAGGCGUACGACACCACCUUCACCUUCAGGUCUCCUGCAAAUGUUGGGUAUGGUCUCAAACACACAGUUGAGUACAUGUUUUCUGAAGAUCAACCGCCAUUUAUGACAACUUCUCUCAUUGGCAUGUGGGGUGAGGAGGAGGUAGUUUUGGAUGGAGCAGUAUAUGUCCACGACCCCUUGAAUGAGGGCAUUGCAUGUGACCUAAGCCUUACAACCCCAGCUCACGUGUACAGCCUUGGAACUAGGUUUAAUAUGGAGUCCCGCAACAUCACCCUCGCCAAAGACUCCGUCAUCAUCUGGUCAUCCAACUACACCCAGAACUUCCUGGAGAGCGAUGCCGGCUUCAGCUACAGCCUACAAAUUCUUGAGAGCGUGAUGUCCUAUGGCUCUGGGCUGACCGUGACCCUGAGUAAUAUCAGCAAUUCCUACGAGUUCAACCUCCAAAUACAGGAGAAUGAUCGGGAGAACCUCUACACCAUCUGGGAGCUUGACCUUUUCCCUGGCCAGAAGCGCUUUGACCUGACCACGGAGACCAGGUCAGAUUUCUUGCCAGGUUACAACACCAGGACCUCUCUGAACUUUGAGAAAACUGAGCUGGCUUCUACUCUCUUCUACUCACAUAAUGUGGACAACAGGGACGUGUUCUCCUUGACAUUCACCAACGGGUCAUCAGACGAGCCCAACUCCCGUACCACCAAGAUUGUCAUCAGACAGCCCACCAAUCCCAGCAUCAACCUGCAUCAGGUGGUCCUUGUCGAUUCCUGCUCCAUGAACGAGCAAGGAGUCGCCCAUAACACCACCCUGAUGUGGGGUAGUCUGCUCCCUACCCAGACCGUUGCCUUGCGUUUCACCGGCAGAAGAAACCAGGGUGGAGCUGGGGCCACCCUCAUGCUCCGAAAUGAGGGCCGCAUCUUGGGCUUUGGAAGAGUGUACACCCUGAACUUUGACAAGACCAGUACCGAAUCUCUUACAGGCUGCAAUACCACUUUCACCGGGGAGAAUGGAAACAUCGUCUCUGUUCGAUCCGUGCUGUCCAAUAAUAGCCUUGGCAUCACCAAGGAUUAUGGUUACAGUGUCACCACUACCAUACCUGACAGACAUAUACAUCGCAUCUACCAGCAAAGUACAAGUGCCAUGCUAGAAGUACAGAGAACUGAAGGUACCAUCACAGGCCAACUCGACUUUAGACGCAGUGAUCGAGGACCCCAGGAUCUCAAUUUAAACAUACUUAUUAGUUAAAAACCCAUACUCCUUUAUCACUCCUUCAAAAAAAUGAAUAGGUCUAGAUCUACAUAUUUUAUUUAUUGAAUACAAAAUAAUACAAAAA